AUGGCCCUCUACAACCCUUCUCCCCUUCUCAAAACUGCACUUUGCAUCUUUUUACUCUCAAUCUCUCUGGAAUAUUCUAGGGGGACCCGCAUCCUCACAGACACAACCCCAUUUUCAACCAACCAACACGACUCCACUGAUCCAAUAGACGACUCUGAUACCCCUGACGUGACCCCUCAAGUGGACCCCACCCCCACCGUCAUCACACCUGCACCACUCGUCAGUCCUUCCAUAACAACCCCAGCAGUAAAAAAUCCAAUUGUUGGCAAUGGUGUCACGACACCGGUGACAACACCCGCAGGUGGGUCUACAUCGGUUGUUGGAAUUGGUACUGGAAUUGUACCAGCAACCGGUGGAGCAGAUCAUCCAACGAUGAGUUUCUUUAUGCAUGACGUCAUCGGAGGGUCCCACGCUACCAGCAGGGUGGUCACCGGAAUCGUAGCCACCUCAAGCGCAAACACUGUUCCCUUUUCCACGCCCAACAGUCAAGUUUUUCCAAUCACCGGCGGAAUCCCACUCAACAACAUCAAUGGCAUAGUCAACAACAACAACCUCCCAUUCCUAGCCGGAUUCAACGGAAACAACCCUAACAACCCUAAUUCCAACAUUGUCCUACAAAACACCGGAAACAACAAUGUCGUAAACGGCGGAAACAACUUACCGUUUGUUGCCGCCGGUCAACUACCGGCCGGAAUCACCCUCCAACAACUCAUGUUUGGGUCAAUCACGGUCAUUGACAAUGAGUUGACCGAAGGACACGAGCUUGGAACCGGGGUGAUUGGAAGUGGACAAGGGUUUUACCUCGCGAGCUCGUUAGACGGGUCUAGUCAUACGUUUGCGCUUACAACAUUGUUCCAUGGUGGGGACCACGAGGUGGAUGACACGAUUAGUUUCUUUGGGGUCCACCGGACUGCUUCGGAAAUCUCGCAUAUUGCUGUCAUUGGUGGGACCGGAAAGUAUGAAGAGGCUAAAGGGUAUGCCACCAUUGAAAGUCUUCCUCAGGUGGAUGAACAUACCACUGAUGGCGUUGAGACCAUUGUUAAUGUCAAGGUCUACCUUACUACACCAUGA